AUGUUAAGGAAUGAAGCUCCUUCCUCGCCAAAAGGCACCCUUGAACCUCCUUCCCACUUUUCCUUUGACCAUCUGACCUCUUCCGUUACUUCUGGAACUCGAGAUGAUAUCGUCGACGCACCAACUAGCGUUGUUGGUGGUGGAGGUCAGACUUUGGUUGCUCAUUCAGCAGCCAUCACUGGCACCUCUUUAACCGGAACAUCUGCCACAAGCUCAACCACUCUUUCAGCCUUUGCUGUCAUGAAUCGUUUUCAAACCUCCUUAUUUUCCCUUAUUGUAGCCUUACAAUCCAGCUCGAAACAAUCCUCCAUCAUGUUUUGGAUGUUGACCUUCCUAUUCAAUAUUCACCUCUUGUGGGUGAGUGUUUUCAUUCCCACAGUGGGUGGAAUGAGCUUUGGAGAGCACGGAGAGUGGGUAUUCACGGUUACCAAUUACCCACUCACUCUCUCAUUGAAUUUAGUUCCCUAUGAAGGCAUGAUUGCUUUGGUUUUCAUCGUUUUGGCCUCUCUAUUGUUGUACAUUGCUUUACUUUUCGUCACUUAUAAGAGAAUUAUUAAUACGAGAAGAUUUUCAGAUUGGUUCUUGCAGGCCACACGAUGCUUCAACUUUUUAAUCUUGAUUGCUUGUGGAACCAUGACAUACGUUUUGACAGGCCUUCUCGAAUGCGAUACGGACAGUGCGGGCAAUGGAGGAAAUGUUUCCUCGAUUGAACUCUCGCGUUAUCCCAAUGUCGAGUGCUAUCAAACACCUAAUAUUAUAUUUCUUGCCUUUUCAUUGGUGGCAUUUGUCAUUCUUAUGGCAUGUGUGGCAUUGUCAGGCAUGAUUUAUCGGAAUAGCCAUCCAUUGAACAAAUCCUUAUUCACCAGUUUGAACAAUAAUGCUCUCAUGUUGUUAUUGAUUUUGAAUUGUUUGGAAAUUAUGACCAUCUUUUUAAUACCAAAACAAAUGCUUCAGAUUCGUGCCAUUGUUCAUUUACUCUUUUCUGGAGCGUGGCCUAUUCUCUUUCUUUAUAAUUUACCUUAUUUCAGAAUGACAGCCAAUUCCUUAUUCUUUGGAGCUAGUUGUGCCAAAAUUGGUGCAUCGAUUGGAGUUGUUAUUUCUACCUUUGUAAAUACUCAAAAUUCCAGCAAUCUAGGUCUUUAUUUGAUGGCUGUGACUCUAUCAUUGAUUGUGAUUGGUUUCCUUAUUGGUUUUGUAGGGAUGGAAGUAUCGCAACGACUCAUCUACAAACAAGUUCACAAAAUUGUGAAUGAGAAUAAGGAAAAUAUGGCACAAGUGUUGCACAUCUUUGAAAAGAAGAAACGAUGGCUGAUCAUGUAUUUACAAUUCUCUGUGAUUCGACCAAAAAGUCCUAAUGACAAUGAAGAUGUGACACUCUCUCUUUCAAAAGCGAUUGGUUCAUGCAAGAAUCAAGCCCAACAGCAUACUUCCUUGUUGUUGAUAAGUUCUCUCAUUAUUGCAUACACUUGGCAAGAUGGAAAUUGUCAUUCCUUUGCCAUGUAUCUGUUGAAGCGAUGUUUGAAACUGUCAAACAAUAUUUUUGUAAGAUUUCAAGUACAACAACGAUCCAAAGAGGUUGAAUUGGAUGAAACAAGUGCUUCUCAAGCUCUAAAAUGUCUCAUUGAGAGUAAGCAUGUGUUAGAUAGUUUAGAAAAAUUUGAAGACGAAUUGAGAACUCUUCAUCGAAUGUUUUGGAAAGAGUUGAUGAAUGACAUUCCAAAUGAUAUCAAGAUUGAAUACAUUAAUAGAAGAUGUGCCGAUUUAAACAGCCACAUCGAAGAAAUGUACCAUAAUCUCAUGCGUAAAUAUCGUAAUGAAAAAACAAUCAUCAGAAAGUACGCAAAUUUUGUUGAAGUGUUUCGCUUUGACAAGGAAACUGCUCAAGCUCUGUUUACAGAAGCCAAUGAAUUGGAAGAAGAGGGAUCCAAAUACAAUUUUCUAUCUCCAAACAAUAAUGCCAGCAAGUAUGCUUUUAAUGCGAGAGUUUCGGUGGUGAGCCAACGGUACGAGCCACCAAUGGCGACCAAUGUGGAGGGAGAUCCAAAUAAUGAGGACUUUAAUGGAAUUGAAACUAAGGAUUACUCCAAAAAAGAUGCUGUUUUGAAGAAUUCUCUUAGACAUUUAGAAAACAGCAAGGGAUAUUAUGUAUUCUUGAUCUCAUUCCUCCUAUUCUCCUUCUUUGUGUUGUUGACCUGUGUGACCAUCUCUCUAUUUGGUUCUGUUAAAAGUGGUGCCGAUGUUCAAGAUGUUUACAAGAUGUGCAAAGGAUCAUCCGUCUCUGUUGCUGUGCUGAGAGAACUUCGAUUUAUUCAAAACAUUAAUAAUUAUAACCAAAAUGGUUUCUCCGUUCGAGAUGAAAAGAUUCAAGUUGUGGAUCUUGUCAAAAACUCACACAAAGCUCACCUUCACACUUACAGGUCAUUUCUCACCGACAUUGUUGACAUCGCUCAACAAAACAAACUCAAAGCUGAAGUUUAUGCUGAACUAGUCAACAACUCCAUCUCAUCGUUCCUUCCUUUUGCCACCUCACAAAACAGUUCCAAGAAUGGUUCAGAAUUAUCCUUCACUGACACCUAUAUGAAGAAUAGUUCCAUGAUUGAAAUCUUUAACUAUUUGCUCACAAGUAUCAAUGCUUUUAUUCAAUGGCCUUUGGAUCAAUACAACCACACAACGAAGGAUUUUAAUUUCAUGUACUUGUGGAGAAAUCGAUUGUCCUCGCGAGAUGCCUUCGAAACGUUUUGUUCAUCCAUUGUGGCAAGUACUGAAGCUUUUCAUUCGACCUUUGUCAUGUCCUUUGCCAUUGUGUAUGCCACAAUUAUUAUGAUGUAUAUUAUUGGAUUUGUGGUGUUUCUUGGUGUCAUGCUUAAAAUGAUGACGAGUGCAAAACAAGUUUCCAAGUUAUUCAACUCUGCUCUCUCAAAGAAUAUUAUCGGAAAAGUGUAUCAUGAUUUGGGGUUGAAGGGUGACGACGAUGUCAAGGUUCAUCUUCCCAAAAACCAACUUUCAGCACCCAAGUACAUUUUCUUGUUUAUGGGUGUGUUUACUUUGCUGUGUUGCAUUGUGAGUGGUGCCAUCAUGGUUGUAGAGUCGAACUAUAAUUAUACUGGUGUCUCCAUGACCAUGAAUAAUAUUAUUCAUGGUACCACAGUCAUGAGACAUGUUCACCGUACCAAUUUCAAGGUUGGAGAAUAUUUCUCAUUUCUUGGAAGCCCAUCCUCUUCGAUUAAUGAUCCAUCUUUAUUGAAAACUGAGCCUUUAACGAAUGCUGAAAGUGAAGUGAAAACAUUUUUGGAUCUUUUAUAUCAAGAAUGGAAUGCACUUAUUUAUGGAGGAAAGAAUAAGGAUGGUCAAUUUUUUCCACCUUCCAUUGGAAAAUAUGCUGGAAUUGAUCAUUUGGUGGCAGGAAUUAAAAACUGCACAAAAGCCACUCACUACAAUUCAACUUUUUCUGCCGAGCUGUACACGCAACGUUAUUGCACAGGUUUGGAUGAAAUGAUCACAGAAUAUUCGAAAAAAGUUUCGAUUUUCAAUAGUGAAUCUCAAAGUACGGCCUUUACCUCUGACACAAUGUCCAUGUUCCAUAACUAUUUAGAUGUAUUUUUCACUGGUUCACUUUUGGGAGAGAAGAUUAUUGAUUUUAUGGAUCUCUUUGUUCAAUACUCUUCACAACCAUCUGUGAUUUUAACCAUUUUGUUUGGAAUUGGUUGUUUGGUGGUGAUGAUUGUCAUUUUCUACGGUAUGCUGUAUCAAUUGGAGAAGCAUCGACUUCAAUUAAUUAAUAUGAGAAUGAUGUUAAAUUAUUUACCAUCAGAAGUCAUUGACGGAAGUGAACAACUUCGAAAUUAUAUUCUCUACAGUAUCAUUACACCUGCCAAUCAAAAGAGAACAAAGAAAAAUCAAAUUCAAUCUGCAGAUUCAGAAAAUGCCAAUGUCAAGAACGUUUUAAAUGCGUCCGUUGAUGGUGCCAUUUUAUGUACUCAAGAUGGAAUUGUUGAAUUUGUGAAUGCCUCUACACAAAAGAUGUUUGGAUUUGCCAGCAAGUCAGACGUUGUUGGUGUUUCUGUCAUGACGUUGUUCGAUCAGCAACAAUCUCUUUUCAUUCAAAACAGUAUUAAGGAAAUGAAUAAGGCACAAUUAGAUGUCACACAUUCCGAGGUCAUUGAAUCGACCUGUUUGAGAAAGAAUCAAACCAAAUUCCCAGUCAAAAUUAACAUCUUUUCAGUCAUGUUCGAUAGCGGUACUCCAAUGAUCACUUUGAUCAUCAAAGACAUGACAGCAGAGAAGAAACAAAAUGCUGUUUUGGCAGAAGAGAAAGCCAAGUCGGACAUGUUGUUGAAAAACAUUUUACCAGAAUCAGUGGCAGAACGUCUCAAAUCUGGUGAGACAUUUAUUGCAGAACGAUUCACAGAUAUCACUUGUUUCUUUAGUGAUAUGGUUGGUUUUACCAACAUCAGCUCAACAAUGAAUCCAAGUCAAUUGGUUGGAAUGUUGAACACCAUUGUGAAUGGAUUUGAUGCUCUCACAGAUACCUACCAAUUGGAGAAAAUCAAAACGAUUGGAGAUGCAUACUUUUGUGUUGGUGGUAUUAGUGGUUCUCUCACAAGUGAUCACCCCGAACGAGUGUUACAAUUUGCAAUGGCCACUUUUGGAGUCAUUAGAGAAUUUAACAUGACUUCCGAAAUGGAAACACAAGUGGAGAUUCGUAUUGGAAUUAACACGGGUGGUGUAGUUGCAGGUGUGAUUGGCAAGAAAAAGUUCACGUUUGAUAUCUGGGGAGAUACCAUCAAUGUCGCUUCUCGUAUGGAGUCGACAGGAGUUCCAGGACGAAUUCAUGUCAGUCGUUCCACUUAUGAACGUGUGUAUGAUAUGGGUUUGGAAUUUGAAGAACGGAAAAUCGAAGUGAAAGGAAAGGGAGAAUGUCAGACCUAUUUGUUGACAGCGAAACAUCAUGAGCAAUCGAUUGUGACCAAAUAA